GAAGGCAUUGCACAAUGGCUGAUUUGAGGGCAGUCGGGUUUGUGUUCACACGCGCACCACCUCUGCAGCACUAUGUUACGGAGCACACUCAAAAUCCACUACAAAUGGACAUCUACCAGAACGAGCUGUCUUAGCUUGUGCAGGAGCCUGCAUGUGGACAGCCCUCCUCAAAAGCCCACCCUCCGCAGCAGUUAUGUCCACGGCACCUCUUCAGUGUCUCUGCUGCCUCUCACUGUGAGCCAGGCCCUGGACUCAACCACAGAGUGCUGGCCUGAGCGAGAGGCAGUGGUCUGUGUGGAGGAUGGGGUCAGGAAAACCUUUGCACAAUUUCACCAAGAUGUGGACAGGCUGGCUGCAGGACUGCUGGCCCUGGGUCUAAAACCAGGAGACCGUGUGGGAGUGUGGGGCCCCAACUCAUAUGAAUGGAUCUUAUCUCAGUUUGGAACAGCCAAAGCCGGCAUGAUACUGGUUUCACUAAACCCAGCCUAUCAGACGAAGGAAGUGGAAUUUACUCUUAAAAAGGUUCAGUGUAAAGCAGUCAUUUGCCCCUCCAGUUUCAAAACCCAAAAAUUCAGUGAAAUCCUCAGAAGCCUCUGUCCAGAGAUUGACACGUCACCAAAAGGCCACAUCCAAAGCUCCAAACUUCCAGACCUGCGUAUGGUGAUCCUGAUGGACAGUGUGCAGCCGGGAAUGUUACACUUCCAGAACGUGAUGGAAGCAGGCGAGAGUCGGCACCACAGAGAGCUGAUGGGUCUACAGAGCAAACUCACGUCUGACGAUCCCAUUAACAUCCAGUUUACUUCGGGAACAACUGGAAAUCCAAAAGGAGCCUGUCUAUCGCAUCAUAACAUUGUAAAUAAUGCUUAUUUUGUGGGCCUUCGAAUGGGCUAUGACUGGAAGCCUGAAGUACGUGUGUGUAUGGCUGUCCCCCUGUACCAUUGCUUUGGCUCUGUAAUUGGAGGAAUGUGCAUGGCAGUAAAUGGCAUUACUUUGGUCUUUCCCUCCAAAGGCUACGACAGUCAGGCUAACCUCAAGGCCAUUCAGAAUGAAAGGUGUAAUAUUGUCUAUGGGACUCCCACAAUGCACACAGACAUGCUCAACCGGAGAGAUCUACACACAUUUGACUUAUCUACAAUAGAAGGGGGACUUAUGGGAGGAGCCCCGUGUCCUCCUGAGAUAAUGAGGAGACUCAGAACGGACAUGAACAUGAAAGAAAUUGCUGUUAUUUAUGGAACAACUGAGAAUAGUCCUGCAACUUUCCUGGGAUUCCCUCUGGACAGUGAUGAGCUCAAGUUCAACACUGUUGGCUGCAUAAUGCCCCACACAGAGGCUAAAGUGGUGGACCCUGUCACUGGGGUCACAGUUCCCCUGGGAGCUUCAGGAGAGCUCCUGAUCAGAGGCAGAUGUGUGAUGCUUGAAUACUGGGAAGAUGAGGCCAAAACUAAAGAGGCCAUUGGUAAGGAAUGCUGGUACAGGACGGGGGACAUAGCCAGUUUGAACAGCAGGGGAUACUGUACCAUAGAAGGACGGAUAAAAGACCUGAUCAUCAGAGGAGGUGAAAACAUUUACCCCGCUGAAAUAGAGCAGUUUUUAUUCACACAUCCAAAGGUCAAAGAAGUCCAGGUGGUGGGGGUGAGAGACGAGCGGCUGGGUGAGCAGGUGUGUGCCUGCAUCACCCUGAAAGAUGGACAGAGCUGCACUCCACAAGAGAUACAAUCAUUCUGUAAAGGACAGAUCUCCUACUUUAAAAUCCCACAUUAUGUGAUGUUUGUGGACAGUUUUCCAUUGACAGCUUCUGGAAAGAUUAAGAAGAUGACGUUAAAAGAAAAUAUGGAGAAACAACUGGGCCUUCAAUGACAUAACAUUCAGUGUAAUGUGACAGUGGACCAGAGGACAUAUAUUUCACUCCACACAGUGUAACUACUUGUAAAGCGCGUUUUAAUAUUAUGUUUUGUCAUAAAAUAAAUUAACGUUUUCCACCAUCAAGGCACUCA